CCUGUAACUAAAUCGAAAAUGUCAUCCGCAGUGGACAUUCAAUCACUCCCUUCAGAAGUUCUUAGGAACAUUCUUUUCUGUGUGCGCAACGAGAAAAAUGGCCAAGGCUCAAUUAAAGAGUGUCGCUUAGUUUCACAUUGCUUCAACAAUGCUGCAUCACCAUUGCUCCUCACCGAAGUUUCUGUUUACCUUACCUCGAAAUCCUUCACUCGUUUAGAAGAUAUUUGCUAUCACCCCAUUUUCAGCAAGUCAGUGCAAAAUGUCAGCAUAGUCAUAUCUUACUACGAAACCGAAUUAGCCUGCAACAGGCCACUAUUCAUGCUCGAGGCCAAGGCCAGACUGCUUCGACAUGUAGAGACCAUGGAACGGUCGAGAUCAUACCGGAAUAAGUAUCCUCACACGCAAGCGCAAUCCCGGUGGCUGUCAAAUAUGGCUUGGAGAACAGAACCUGAAUUCGAACAACUUUUCGGUGACCAAGUUGACGAAGAAUCACCAACACCUACCCAGAGGCUCUUUCUCAAGCUUUAUGAUCUGUACAAAGAAUUGUACAAUGACCAACAGCAGCUUCGAGAAGGCCAAAACCACAUCGCUCGGUUAUGCGCCGCUUUGAGUUCCUUGUCCAACCUGGUAUCCUUGGAGCUGAACGAUAUUAGAAAUUUGGGAGGCAUGGAACACUUGGACGCUGCUGACUUUGCUCAUACCGGAUAUGAUCAUACAAUACUGCAGCACUUUAGCCCUAUCUUGCGCAAGUCAAGAUGGUGUGGCUCUUUCAAGACGAUUCACACUGCAACUCCACCCGUCGAGAUGCUCGGAACGUUGUGCUCUGAGCUCGCAGACAAAGGCCUGAGACCUAGGACAAUUCGUCUCCGCUUGGUUCCUCCGCCCAACAUGCAAGCUUGGCAACUAUCACCAUCGCAGCAGACAGGAGUAAAGAACCUGGUUGCACAGACCACGAAACUAGCACUAUAUGUGGAUUUCGGGGCACGGAGCUUUGAACUAAAGGAUAAUCCGAGGCACGAGAUGCUUGCACUCUGCUCUAUCACUCAGUCAUGUAUGAGUGCACCUCAUCUCGAGGAUAUGCAUGUUGGGUUUAUUGGUUAUCCUCCGCUUGAUAUGAGACCAACUGUUUCUUUGGAUGAUAUCCUGCCAGUCAACUUUUCAUGGCCACGGCUUCGGUCUCUGAGCCUACAUAAUCAACCUUUCACAGUAAUGGAGCUGAAGUCCUUGGUUACUCGACACUCCGAGACCCUGCGCGACUUGCACUUGGAAGCUUGUUGGUUGCUUGAAGGCAGCUGGGUUGAUAUUGAGGAAGUUAUUCGAGGGCAACAGGCUCUAGAGAAAAGUAGUAUAAAAUACCCAAGUGGUGGAAAUCAGGGUUAGUUGAAGGAUAGAAUCCUAGGCAUUGGCUUCAAUAUGUAACUGGAUUAGUAUCUACUUUAACAAGGCCACUAUUGUAAUCAGUGAAAAACCCGCUGUGGGCAGCAAUGUCUUAUGUUUAAUGUUUAGGACUUAGAGAUUAAGCUGAGCAUUGCCAGCGUCUUUAGCAGGCCCCAUAAUAA